CCCCGCCAAUGCCAAAACGCAAAUCGAAUCCCUCGGACCACCUCCCGAAUCCCCCGCCCCCCCUCUCCUCCCUCGACGCGGCCCUCGAUCUCCUCGUAUGCGACACCUUCACACGCCUCAACUCUGUCGCCGCAAAGUUCGAGGCAUGUGCUGGCGUAAAACUCAAUGACGGUGUCGUCAAGGCCAGGUGGGAGGAGGCUGUCAGCAGAUACUGGGUCAUCAAGAGCAUGGACGAGCUGACAUGUGGCGCGAAAAAAAUGGAAGUGAAAGAGGGCACGGCGGAAGCUGACCGCGACGGAAUGGAACAGAAUGGUGUGGAUGGCAAUCAAGUGGGAGAGAGGGCAGACAGCAAUGGGAGACCGUUGCCCGCUUCAUAUCCAGGUGCAGUGGUAACCCACAGUUUAACACCCGAGGAAGAACAUGAGUGGCGAAAAUGGACUCCGAAAGCUGGCGACGUUGUCCUGGUGGACACUUUUGAAGACGGCCUCUGGCCUGCAAAGAUUAUCGACAAGAAAAUCUUUUUCCAAGGCCGUACCGUCCCCAGAGGCAAUCAUUUCUUCCCAGUCCGCAUUUAUAAUGAAGAUAUGCCUCCGUCGAUCACCGUCAAAUCUCGUCUCAUCCCAUUCCAUCUCCGCGCGAACCCUCCUUUAAUGGCCUCCACUGCCCUACUAAGUGCCUAUCAUCACGCCGCCAACCCGACUACGUUUGACAUGUUGGCGUCGGCACGUGAAACGCUGGCGGCCCAUAAUCGUCUUCAUCCUUGUGUCAUUGACGAAGAGUCCAAAGCCAGAUUCAAAGCCGAGAAAGAAGCAUGGAAUAAACAAGUUAACUGGGUCAUGGGCGAAAGACGCGUAGAAAAGCUUCGAUCCACCGCGGAAGAGAGGGAAAAACGACUGAGAGAAGUGGCCAGAUCGACAUCGACGCCAGUGUAUGAAAGUCAGGGAUGUGCCGAUCCUUGUGAAGAGGAGAUGGGAUCCCUUUUCGGUUGUCCAAAAAAGCGCCGCACUGUACCGCGUAACGAAAACAGUGUCAACGCCAGCUCUGACCCCUGUUUGACCAUUUUUGGCCCAACCACUCCGACCUUUCCACGCACCCCGCCUCGAAGUGCUGCCUCAUCUGUGGCGUCGUAUAUUCGCCCCUCUCUGUCCAAUACCAUUCGCCCCAGCUCUCCUCGGAGGACACCAACCAGGGAGAAGAGACGCGUUCACGCUUUCGUAAGUGAUCUCAGCCCCGCUUCGAGACGCACCUAUACACCUCCCAAGAUUCUACCCUCUGGUGAUGAGACGGCUCCUCCGAGUUUCGGCAGCGCAACGCUACUGUCGGAAGUGAAAGCUGGUAAAUUCGACUUUGUUAGCCCUCUUGGGCCUGUCAAAAGGGGCAAGCUGUCUUCUAACCCUGAAACAAUUGCGUCUUCAACAUCAUCAACCACUUCAAAACCUCAUUCAGGGAGAAGCGGGAGUCUAGAGAUUGUGAGAGAAGAGGAAGAGGAAGAUGGCUGGACGGUCGUUCAGCGUAGAGGAAGACGAGCUGGUUCAGAGCCCGUGAGGCAGACUAUGGAAGCAGAAGAGAAGACCAGUGUGGAUGAUAUGGAGUUGUGAUAUUCUGCUGUUGUAAGGGGUUAUUCCAAUAAUGUACAGUACAUGAUGCACAGUAUAGAU